CGACACUGGCCAUGGACCAGCCGGCUGGCCUGCAGGUGGACUACGUCUUCCGGGGUGUGGAGCACGCCGUGCGGGUGGUGGUGUCGGGACAGGUGCUGGAGCUGGAGGUGGAGGACCGCAUGACGGCUGACCAGUGGCGGGGCGAGUUCGAUGCCAGCUUCAUCGAAGACUUGACUCACAAGACAGGGAACUUCAAACAGUUCAGCAUCUUCUGUAACAUGCUGGAGUCGGCCCUCACCCAGAGCAGCGAAUCAGUCACCCUUGACCUGUUGACCUACACAGAUCUGGAGUCCCUGCGGAACCGCAAGAUGGGGGGCCGCCCAGGUCCCUCAGCCUCCAGGUCGGCCCAGCUCAACUCCAAGCGCUACCUGAUUCUCAUUUACUCCGUGGAGUUUGACAGGAUUCACUACCCGCUGCCCCUCCUGUACCAGGGCAAGCCGGACCCCGUGUUCCUUCAGGGCAUCAUCCGCUCACUGAAGGAGGAGCUGGGCCGCCUUCGAGGGCUGGACGGCCAGGACCCUCGGGACACCCGGGAUUCUGAGAUCUGGCACCUGCGGGAGCAGCAGCAGCAGCGGAACCGAAUGGGCAGCGGAGGAAGCGGGGACGGGCCGUCCAUCUCCUGGGCUCGCCAGACUCGCCCCCCUGCUGCCAGGACCGGCCGAGGGGACGCGGCUAACCGCUCCCGGAACCGCAGCUCCUCCGUGGACAGUUUCCGCAGCCGCUGCUCGUCCGCCAGCUCCUGCAGCGAGUUCGAGGAUUUCUCCGAAUCCCUCUCUAGAGGCACUCGCCGCCACCGUGGGAAGGGGCCCAGCUCCACAACCUUGAGUGGGUCCAAUACGUUGCAGAAGUUCACCCCCAUGGAACGUGGCCGUCGACCGAAGCAUCUGGCCAGUUCUGGGGGCUGGGUCCCCAUCAAAGAGUACAGCUCUGACUACCAGGCAACCGACAUAGCAGAAAUAGACGCCCGUUUGAAGGCCUUGCAGGAAUACAUGAACAGACUGGACACACGGUCAUGACCUUGGGAAGGAGCACUGCCCCUCCAUCCCUUACCCACCAAUGGAUAGGUAUGGGGGGCGGGGCUGGUGUGUCCUUCCAGCCCCACCCAGGCCCCGCCCCUCCUGGUGUUCUUGGGGUCUCAGGUGUGUGAGACCCUACCCCUCUCACUCUCCCAGGCAUUGCAUGCUGGGAGGGAGGGUCUGUGUAUUUUGUAAAUAAACAUAUUUACCCUUGGGA